AUGAAUUGAUUGAUUGUCAUGGACGUUAGUUGACUGACUGUUGUGCUUAUUUUGCAUAAGCUAUACGGAUUCAUAAUUAUGCUACUAAAAACGGCCGCUGAAUUAAUGUAAAUUAAAUUUAUUGGCUAAAGUAACACGUGUUUUAUAAUAAAGUUAUUGAAACAGGAUUGCAAAUGUCAAUAUGUCAGGAUCUCGGCCUUAACUUCCAACAGAGAAUGGGCGCAAAUAUAUCGCAGCUAGAAAGAGAUAUUGGGUCAGAGCAGUUUCCACCGAACGAGCAUUAUUUUGGUUUAGUUAAUUUUGGCAACACCUGCUAUAGUAAUUCCGUUUUACAAGCCCUGUACUUCUGUAGACCAUUUAGAGACAGGGUACUAGAAUACAAAGCUAAGAACAAGAGAACCAAGGAGACUCUACUAACAUGCUUAGCCGACUUGUUUUAUAGCAUCGCGACACAGAAGAAAAAAGUAGGGUCCAUUGCACCUAAAAAAUUUAUAGCUAGAUUAAGAAAAGAAAAAGAAGAAUUUGAUAAUUAUAUGCAACAGGACGCUCACGAAUUUCUAAAUUUUCUUAUAAACCACAUCAAUGAAAUAAUAUUGGCUGAAAGAAAUCAAAGCACAUUGAAAUUACAAAAAACUGAUGGUGUGAAAGAGAAUGUUACCUGCAACGGUAGUAUACCACAGAACACGGAGCCGACGUGGGUUCACGAGAUAUUCCAGGGAACUCUAACUAGCGAGACGAGGUGUCUGAACUGUGAAACGGUCAGCAGUAAGGACGAGCACUUCUUCGAUUUACAGGUGGACGUUGAUCAGAACACGAGUAUAACACACUGCCUCAAGUGCUUCAGUGACACAGAAACCCUUUGCAACGACAACAAAUUCAAAUGUGACAACUGCAGCAGUUACCAAGAGGCACAGAAACGUAUGAGGGUGAAGAAGUUGCCGCUGAUACUAGCGUUACAUUUGAAGAGAUUCAAAUACAUGGAACAGUAUAAUAGGCAUAUCAAAGUGUCGCAUAGAGUUGUGUUCCCGCUCGAGUUGAGGCUCUUUAACACCUCGGAUGACGCUGUGAACCCUGAUCGUUUGUACGACCUAGUAGCUGUUGUGGUGCACUGUGGCUCCGGACCCAACCGUGGACAUUACAUCAGCAUUGUCAAGAGUCAUGGGUUCUGGCUGCUCUUUGAUGAUGAUAUGGUUGAUAAAAUUGAUGCAUCAGCUAUAGAAGACUUCUACGGCCUAACUUCUGAUAUACAAAAGUCAUCGGAGACAGGAUAUAUACUUUUCUACCAAUCUAGGGAUGCUACUUGUUAAGUUUCAUUAAAUAUAUUAAUUUAUAUAAUUAAGAUAGACACCUUAAAUAAUGUUAAUAUGCCGCAUUGUUAAAGUUGAGGUGGCAUAUGUUAUUGAGAUUUAAUUUGGAACACUGAUAAAAGAAAAAUAUAUUAUUCUUCUUAUUGAAAUUCAUUCAUUUGUAAAUAAAAAUCAUUUUAAAAUUAUAA